AUGAAUUCAGACAAGGACAAAGUCAAUGUCAUCGCUGAUUUCCAACGAUGGUGCUCCCAGAACGACAUAUCGUUAGACAAUCGCCUUGAGAUUACCUACAAUCCAGAUUCCGGAAUCCAUAUCCGCACCAAAAGCCAAUCUAUACCGGCCUCAACAACUGUGUCGUAUAUACCGAAGCGCGCCGUUCUGUCCACCAAGUCGUGUUCUCUUGCGGACAAGCUUCCUCAGGAUACCGAGUACACCCACGGCCUUGGGGCGCAGCUGAUGUUAGCGCUGGCAUUGUACAACGAGCAACUCCGUGGAUCGAAUUCGCGGUGGUACGGUUAUCUGCAGUCUCUCCCCGACUUUGUCGAUCUACCGAUGCUGUGGCAAGACGGAUGCGAAGACGCGAAGGAAGCUGCCCAUUGGCUUGUUGGAACAGAGGUUGAGAAGGAAAUGGCCGUCAGUGCGCUUUCAGCCCGUAUUAGAACGUUCUACGAAGACAUUUCGAGACGAUUUCUCCCCCAAGGUGCCUCACUAGCUAGCUAUACCAAGGCAUUCACACUUGUCUCUUCGCGGGCAUUCAUCGUCGAUGCGUACCAUGGGCUGUCUAUGGUCCCUAUAGCGGACGCAUUCAAUCACUCACAGGAUAAUCACGUCCACAUCGAGACCGAUUUUGAUGUCUGCCCGUCAUGCGGUGCUCUCUACGAGUGCCCACACGAUGAUGAACCCAAACAUGAAACACACGUUGGGCAGCAUCAUUAUGAUUCUUGCUAUGAAAUGGUGGCGAACAUACCCAUACCGCCUCACUCCGAGGUCUUCAAUACAUACGGCGAGACUCUGAGCAAUGCCGCGCUUCUCGCUCGAUAUGGUUUCGUCCUGGACGUGAACGAGAAUGACUGUAUAACAUGGAGUAUGGAGGAAUUGAUAGAUGAAGCGGAUCUAGCUGCCUCAUUCCGGCUCGCGAUCCAGGAAUUGGAAUCGGAUACAUCCUUCCGCACCCGCUGCGAAUCUUCAAAUCUCAUCUAUUAUAGCAACUCGUUCACCGUGGAUGGAGAUGGGAAGGUGUCCCAUCCACUGUGGCUGCUUUGCUCUCUUACGUAUCAGCGCCACGCGCCCUCGCCACCGCCUCCCAUGAGCGUGCUGGAUGUGCAACUAGCUUGUGAAGCUGGCGUAGACGGAGACGCUUCUUUGACCCCUGCAAUCUCCGCUACCGCUUCGGCUGUCUCAACGCUCUGCUGUACCCGGAAAGCUAAGAUUAAGAAGCUCUCAGACCUUGCCCCGGAUGCCGACAUCGGCGAGAUCUUAGACGGGUUGUCUGAAGACAGGCCGAGGACCCGCCUUGCAAUAUCUUACGUAUUGACCGAAAUAUCGAUAUUGGAAUGUUGCCUGGCGUCGUGGUCGGAAUUGGUUCUCCCCCAUCCUUCCUAG